CGAGAGCGUGAGGUUUUUCGAGGUGUACCUGAACGCACCAUACAUGUGUGCUCACUGUGCUGUGAAUCCUUGAUAUCUCCGUAGAAUCACGCACAUUGACAUCGGCGGGACAUUAAACAUCACACCAAGAUGGCUGAGACCGACGUUGAUAAUGAACUUUUGGACUAUGAAGAGGAUGAGGAGCCCCAGGGAGCCCCUGAGAGUGGGACCCCAGCAAACAAGAAGGAAGUGAAGGGGUCCUAUGUAUCCAUUCACAGCUCAGGCUUCAGAGACUUUCUCCUCAAACCAGAGCUGCUUCGUGCCAUUGUCGACUGUGGUUUUGAGCAUCCCUCAGAAGUCCAACAUGAGUGUAUUCCACAAGCUAUCUUGGGCAUGGACAUCCUGUGUCAGGCUAAGUCUGGUAUGGGAAAGACAGCAGUGUUUGUACUGGCCACGCUGCAACAGAUAGAACCUGUGGAUGGUCAGGUGUCUGUCCUUGUAAUGUGCCACACGCGAGAGUUGGCCUUCCAGAUCAGCAAAGAGUACGAGCGCUUCUCCAAGUACAUGCCCACUGUCAAGGUGUCAGUGUUCUUCGGUGGCCUGGCUAUCAAAAAGGACGAGGAAGUCCUGAAGAAGAACUGCCCUCACAUUGUCGUAGGAACGCCAGGUCGUACCCUGGCCCUCAUCCGCAACAAGUCCCUCAGUGUGAAGAACAUCAAACACUUUGUGCUUGAUGAGUGUGACAGGAUGCUGGAGCAGCUGGACAUGAGGAGUGACGUCCAGGAAAUCUUCAGGGUGACACCCCAUGAGAAGCAGGUCAUGAUGUUCAGUGCAACGCUAAGCAAAGACAUCCGCCCUGUCUGCCGCAAGUUCAUGCAGGAUCCCAUGGAAGUGUUUGUGGACGAUGAGACCAAGCUGACGCUUCAUGGCUUACAGCAGUAUUACUGCAAGUUGAAGGACAGCGAGAAGAACCGAAAGCUUUUUGACCUGCUCGAUGUCCUUGAGUUCAACCAGGUGGUGAUCUUUGUAAAGUCAGUGCAUCGCUGUGUGGCUCUGUCCCAGCUGCUGGUGGAGCAGAAUUUCCCUGCCAUCGCCAUCCACAGGGGCAUGGCGCAGGAGGAGCGGUUAUCCCGGUACCAGCAGUUUAAAGACUUCCAGCGGCGAAUCCUGGUUGCCACCAAUCUGUUUGGCCGCGGCAUGGACAUCGAGCGAGUCAACAUCGUCUUCAACUAUGACAUGCCAGAGGAUUCUGACACAUACCUUCACAGAGUGGCCCGUGCUGGCAGGUUUGGGACCAAAGGCCUGGCCGUCACCUUUGUGUCCGACGAGGCUGACGCUAAGACCCUGAACGAAGUUCAAGACCGCUUUGAGGUCAACGUAGCAGAGCUACCAGAGGAGAUUGAUAUCUCCUCCUACAUUGAACAGUCCAGAUGAGUGGAGAAGCAUCUUACCAGUGAAGAUCAUGUGUGACCCAUGGUGUUGCCGUAUUUUGGUGGAGGAAUAAACCCACUCAACAUUUAUUUUAAAGCCCUCCUCGCACCAUAUAUGUUGGCAAGUUCAUAAUGAUAAAAAUGUUUUUUUUUCUAAUUUUUAUGUCUUUGCAGGGUGCUUGUUUUAGUGUUUUCCUUGUUAAAACAUGGACGUAUUGUUUUGGUUGAACAAAUAAACUUUUUAUACUUUA